UUUCUAAGUUGAUUGUAAUUUGUUACGAUUUUUUUAGUGUAUAAUAAUAUUCAGCAAGUCGUUACAUUUUAAGUGAAAGUGCCAAUUUUCCCGCCAUAAUACUUUCCUGCUGCUGAAACAAUGUUAUCAGAAGAUUUAGAAAGGCUUAUACAAGAAAAACGGCGUGAGAUAGAAAAAGAGAAAACGCUUUUGGGGCUAUCUGAUAAAAACGAUGAAGUAAGCAUGAAGGAUGUAGAUGAGAAAGAGAAUUCGAACAGAGUCAACAGGAGUGUAAAGUUCAACCGGCCGAGAGCACUGUCGGAAAACAAUGCAACAAGCGAAGGGAAGAGUGAGGAAAAAGACGAGGAGAUCCCGCCAGACUUAGAGAGAUAUAUACGGCGUUACCUAGGGCUCCCAGUGAUGCUGAAAGCGGGCGAAUACUCCCCGAACAACCCGCUGACGCGCGGCGAGCGGAGCAGCGGCGAUGUUCUGCUCGGGCUCGGCGAGUACGAGCGGCGCAGGAACACGCUGCGCAAGAUCCGCCAGCGCCAGUACCGCGAGUAUCUGGAUCAGCAAGCGAAAAUAAAGCAGGAAGAAAAAGAGAAACAAGAGCGCGAGAAACGCGAACGCGAAGAGAAAGAGAGGCUAGAGGAAGAGAGAGAGCGAGAGCGGGAGCGGCGCGAGCUAGAGCGAGAGGGCGAUAGCGACGCAAGGCGAGGCAGCUUCAGCUAUACCAGGGUUUCGGGCGCUAAUAAUGCAUAUACCACUAAAGUGGAUACUGGUGUGCAAGUGGACAGACAUAUGCCGCUCUCCGUAGCCGUGCAAACGGAUGACAACGAUCUGUAUACAUGGCCGCCAAAACUAACGCAAGCGGAACGCGAACUGUCCCCGCGCAGUGUGUGGGACGGUCCCCGCACUUGGGCCGGCGACAGCAGAGUGGACAUGUUCGCGGACAGGAGACGGAGCUAUGGGGAUUUUUAUACCGUCCCAGCUGGGGAAGUGCGGGAGCGAGCGUCAUCCAUGUCGAAGGGCGACAAGUAUCGCAGCCUGCAGCAGAGCUACAAGCCGUCCAUAUUGGAUGCUGAUGCCGUCUCGCUGAGGAACUUGCAGGCGGAGAAGGAGGCAGCGGCUCGAAGGCAAUACUAUCAGCAAGAGUUGAAGAAUCAAAUACAAGAACAGCAGAGGAUUCGAGAAGAGAGGAAGAACAGAGAAAAAAUGUUAGAACAAGCAGAAAUGAGAAGGCUUGAACAACAGCUGCGUUCGUUGAAAAUGGCGCAAGAAAGAGAAUUGGACAGACAACGGGUCAUCACUUCUUCUAUGAAAUAUAAUGCAGCAGAUUACGACAUAAAAAGGACUGCGCUGCAACGGGAUAUCGAUAUUGAACAAAGGAAAUUAAAUAUGGCCUCUCGCAACGCACUAACGAACAAAAGCGAUCCAGAUUACAUAGAAAAACCAUACACUAUGAACAUUCCAGAAAGUUCGAUAUUCUCCCAAAACUACGAUCUAGAGAGUUAUCUACGUAAAAACCUAAAUCCUACCAAAGAGAGCCUAAUGAACUUACCACAUUAUAAAGAAACAUACAGACAAGAAAACAUGCAAGAACCAAAUUGGCAAGAAAAUACAAGCAAAUUGGAUACUAACGAGUAUAAGUGGUAUGAAAGAAAAGAUAUUCAAGAGAAAAUGUAUGAACAGGAAUUAGAAAAUAAGCAAUUGCAAAAAGCGAACAAAGAUUUAGAUGUAUGUGGGAAUAUUCAAGAUAUUACUAGAAAAAGACACGAAGACAGACAUGCAAAACAUAGAAACGCAAAAUUGCAGUGUGAAGUUAGAAAUGCAGAAAAAAUGGAUACAUUACCAAUACCAGUUUUAAGGCAUUCGCCGAAGCGCAAAGUGAAUGAAGUUAAUGGAAAAUAUGAAGUGAAUGAAGAUAUGAGUGAGGAAAUGAAAGUCGUUGACGAUAAAUGGAAAGUUCCAGCCGUACAAAAGAAUAUAUUGAAAAGUUUACAAAGCGAAGGCAGAAAUAUUAAUAUUUUAACUCAAUUAGGAUCUAUAAGGCGGCAAUUGCAAUUGGAACAAAUGAAAUUGGAUAAAAUUAGAAAUACUGACGUUUAAUAAUGGCUAAACAACUCGAAAAGUACUUGUAGUUCUAGUUUGAUUUAGGCAAAUAUUCGUUCAGCAAGUUGAUAGACAUUUAACAUUUUUUUAACAAGAUUAAUAGUUGUAUUAUGUGAACAUUUUAAUUAUUCAAAGCAUAUAAAAAAGUUAACUCCUUUCUUAAACUGGGCAGUAGUCGUUUCGUCGAAUUAUUCCAUUAUUUAAUUAUGUUAAUAUUAUUAUUGUUAUAUUUUUAUUUAUAAAAUAUACAAUUAUUUCGCGUCCAUCAAUGGUAACCGUCCGUAAGGAAAAUAUAAAUUAAUAUUUUAAAGAUUGGUAUACAAAACUAUUAAUUCUUUCAUAGUUUUAUUGUUUUGUUUACAUAGAGGGAUUUUAUUAAAUUUAAUAAUUAUUAAUUAUUUAAUGUUUUUUCAACAACUAGAAUGUUCAAUAAUAAAAUAGGCCAGUGUUUAACUCAUAGGUAUUGUUUUAAUUUAAAAACUAAUACUAAUAUUCAAUGCAUGUUUCCUUGUAUGUGAAAAGAAAUGUUGUUUUUAUUAUAUGUUAAAAAAUAUUAUGUUAAGUAAAGCAAUACGAAGUUUUAAUGUUCUAUUAAUGUUACUUUUAACAAACUUCCUCAAGGGGGUUCUGGAGUUUUCUUUUUUUUAAAUUUAAUUUUAGUUUAUAAGUAUUGAUUUUAACUGCUAUUGAAAUAAAAAAAGUUAAUGCAUCUUUAAAACCUGAAAUAAUCGAAAGAUUGUUUUUUUUAAGUAAUUUUAAAUACUUGAUAAAGUAUAUAAUAAAGUUUAAACUAUACUAACCUUAAAUAUAACCCGAAUAUAAUCUUAUUCAUAGAUUUUCAAUAUUUACAUAUUUCAUUAUUUGUAACAAUGCCAAAGUAUAUCGUAUGUUAGCGUAGUGCCAAAAGUUUGUUAUUUUUUCCGGUUAAUAUCGAUUUUCUUAGUCAUAUCAAGUUUCGAAGACCCUACAGCCAAUUGGGGGGUACCUAAUUGAUACCCAAACAUUUAAUUUUUUUUUAUAUUCACGUUUUAAAGUAAUAUUCAUUGAGUAAAAUUAUACAAAUUAUUUAAUUUCACCAUACAAACGUGAUAAAGAAAUUCGAUACAGCCGAAUUUUCAUAUUACAAUCCUGUCUUUACAUUUCUACGCAGUUUUGUAAGUCUCGGACAAUUUUAGUGUCCAUAAUAGAAUUUGUUGAACUAGAAAAUAUUAAAUAAUUUAGGCAUUGGAAUAUGUAUAUGCAUGCACAUAAACAAAAAAUGCACUUUAGUCGAUUUUAUAGCCAUUGAAGUAAAUAUUUUAUAAUGUUACCCCAAUUUUUCCUUCUUAACCAAAUUGUUAGUAAAUUAAAUCAUUAGUCUCAUUAUAAACGCAGUAGAGCAAGUGUUAUCAGGUUUAAUAACCUUAAUUCGUAAUCAAAUGUUCUUCGGCGGUUUUUAGACGUAAGUUAUUAAAUAAAUUCUAACCAAUAUAAUAUAAUAUAAUCGUAUCUUAGCUGAAAUUUAAGUAUAAUUCAGGCAAAAAGCGGCCUUAAUUUAUAUAUAAUUCCUCAUUUGCUAUUAACAAUGAUAUUUAAAAGACUGUUAAUAAAAUAAGUGAAAGAGCUUGCAUCAAGGAAAGUGAUACUAGGUAGGGUUAUUUUUGUAUUUUUUACACGCUAUAUAAGCCAAAAAUGCACGACGCUUUGUAUCGUUUUAAAUUCUGCGGUUGUAAAUCCUAAUUUGAAUAAAAUAUUGUUUUUAA